UAUGGAUCAAAAACAAAGUUUUGCCAGAAGAGACAAACUAAGAGCUAUUGAAUAAUCAAUCUAAGAUUAAUGGGCAGCCAAUUAAUCUUUCUAAUCAAAUCCAGAUGAGAGAAAGAAAUUUUUCUUGACUUUUCCAUUCCCUUAUGUAAGAAAUUUUAAUAUUCUAUUAGGCCAAUGGUAGAUUACAUUUAGGUCAUUCAUUUUCAUUUAGCAAGUGCGAUUUUAUUGCAAGAUUUAAGAGACUUUAAGGUUAAAACGUACUUUUGCCAUUUGCAUUUCAUUGCACUGGAAUGCCAAUUAGUGCUGCUGCUAAAAGACUUUAACGUGAUUUGGACUUAUUAGUAAAUUAAUAGUUAAUUUUAGUAAUAAGGAAAAGAAUUACCAAAACCAAGUUAAUAUUAAUCUCUUCUUUAAAUGAAUAUAAAAGAAGAAGAAAUUCCUAAAUUUGCUGAUCCAUAUCAUUGGAUUCGUUUUUUCCCAUCUCUAGGUAAAGAAGAUUUGAUUUCUUUUGGAUCCUCAGUAGAUUGGAGAAGAAGUUUUAUUACUACAGAUGAAAAUCCAUAUUUCAAUUCAUUUAUUGAAUGGCAUUUAAUUAAAUUGAAGGAAGCUGGAUAUGUUAAAUUUGGAUAAAGACCUUCAAUAUUUAGUACUUAAGAUGGUUAAUUGUGUGCUGAUCAUGAUAGAAGAGAAGGAGAAGGAGUUAACCCAUAAGAAUAUACAUUAAUUAAAUAAAGAGUAUUGAAACCAGAAUUGAUAGAUGCAGUCUUAACAGGAAAAAAUAUCUUUUUGGUAUGUGCUACUUUAAGACCAGAAACAAUGUAUGGUUAAACUAAUACAUUUGUAUUACCUGAAGGUGAAUAUGGAGUAUUUGAAAUGAAAAAUGAUGAAUUUUUUAUUUGUAGUGAAAGAUCAGCAUUAAAUAUGGCUUAUCAAGGUUUAACCAAGGAAGAUAAAAAACUUAAUAAAAUAGCUACAGUUAAAGGAUCACAAUUAAUUGGUAUGGAAAUCAAAGCUCCUUUAACUCAAUAUGAAAAAGUAUAUGUGUUACCUAUGCCUGGAAUCAAAAUGAAUAAAGCUACUGGGGUUGUUACAUCAGUUCCAAGUGAUGCACCUGAUGAUUGGGCUACUUUAAGAGAUUUAUAAAAGAAACCAGAUUUUUAUUAAAUUAAACCUGAAUGGGCUGAUUUCAAACCUAUUCCAAUUAUUGAUGUUCCUAAAUAUGGUGAUUUAGCUGCUUUAACUGCAUGUGAUCAAUUCUAAAUUAAAUCAUUAAAAGAUAAAGAUUUAUUGUAAAAAGCAAAAGAAGAAGUUUAUAAGGCAGGUUUUUAUGAAGGAAAAAUGAUUAUUGGAAAAUAUAAAGGAAUGAAAGUUUGUGAUGCUAAACCAUUAGUUAGAAAAGAUAUGAUUGAAAGUGGUGAAGCUUUACCUUAUUUUGAACCAGAAAAUACUGUAAUUUCAAGAAAUGGUGAUGAAUGUGUUGUUUCUUAUUGUGAUUAAUGGUAUAUCACAUAUGAUAAUUAAGAAUGGAAAGAAAGAGUUAAGGAACAUGUUAAAAACAAUUUUGAAACUUAUAAUGCAAAAGUUAAAUAAGAAUUAUUAGAUGCUGUAGAUUGGAUUAGAGAAUGGGGAUUGUCUCGUAGUUUUGGAUUAGGUACAAAAGUACCUUGGGAUAAGUAAUAUUUGAUUGAAUCUCUUUCAGAUUCAACCAUUUAUUUUGCUUAUUAUACAGUUGCUCAUUAUUUAUAAGGAGACUUAAAUGGAACUAUCCCAGGACUUGCUGGAUUCACUGCAAAUCAAAUGACAGUACCAGUAUAUGAUUAUUUGUUUUUGGGAAAAGAUAGUGAAUAAGUACCUGCAGAAAUGAAAUAAUAAUUGGAUAUUAUGAGAAAAGAAUUCUUGUAUUAUUAUCCAAUGAAUUUGAGAUCAUCAGGAAAAGAUUUAAUUAAAAAUCAUCUAAUCUUUGCAUUGUUUAAUCAUGCUGCUGUUUGGAAAGACUAACCUGAAUUAUGGCCAAAAGGUUAUUUCUGUAAUGGUUAUAUUUUGGUUGAUGGUGAUAAGAUGGCAAAGUCUAAAGGAAAUUUUAAGACAGUUGAAGAUAUGAUUAAGACUUAUGGAGCUGAUGCAACAAGAUUAGGAUGUGCUGAAGCAGGAGAUUUAUUGGAUGAUGCUAAUUAUGAAUUAAAAUUAGCUGAUUCUGGUAUUUUGAAAUUGACUACACUUGAAAUGUACAUUGAAAAGAUAUUCCCUGUAUUGUAAAAUUAUCGUACUCAAGCUUAAUCUAAAAAUAUUGAAUUUUUUGAUCAUGUUUUUGAAAGCUAAAUAAAUUAUUAAGCCAUUCAAGUUAUUUAGAAUUAUGAAGAAAUGAAAUUUAGAGAUGUAGCCAAAAAUGGAUUUCAUGUUUUAUAAGGAUAUAAAGAUGAUUAUUUACUUGCUGUUUAAGCUGAAGGACCAAAUAAAAAUUUAAUAUUAAAAUACAUUGAAAUUCAAUUAACAUUAAUGAAUCCAAUAGUUCCUCAUAUAACUGAAUAUUGCUAUUAAAAAUACUUAUAUCCUUUUGUUAAAGAUUAAGGUUAUCCAGAGACAUUAACCAAAUUUGUCUUACCUAAUGUUGGAACUUAUGUUUAUGAUGCAAAUAUUCUUAGAUAAUAUAAUUAUCUUUAAAAUUUAAUGAGUACUUUGAGAGUGGCUAUUGCUAAAUACAAAGAAACUCUUAAGAAGUAAAAAAAGCCAGAAGUUAUUAACAAGGUUUCAUUGGUUGUAGCUAAAGAUUUUGCUGAUUGGUAGAAGGAAGUCUUAAUUUAUAUGAAUAGACAAUUGAUUGAUAAUGAACCAGGCUUUGAUUUCAAUACUUAAAUAAAAACAAAUAAGAGUAAAAAUAUGGCUGCCUAAUUAUAAUUUAGUAAUUAUAUUAUGGUAAUAAUUUAAUAUCAAAUUUUAGGGUGAAUACAAAUAAAGAGGAGCAGAUGCCAUAAAUCCAAAUCCUACUCUUGAUGAAGAAGCAUUCUUAAACAAUUUUACUCAGUAUAUAAUUACAGAUUUAAAGAUUAAAGAAUUUGCAGUAAUUUUAUUUUUUUAUAUUCUUUAGAUUAUUGAUUCUAAAGAAGCCUAAAAGAGUGAUGUUAAACCAGUUCAAUAAGCAGGUAAUAAUGCACAACCUGGAAAACCCUGUCCAUUAUUUGAAUGAU